AUGGACUAUUCGAAACGUCUCAAUGAGCUUAUUGAACUAUGCCAAGACACGUGGGUUACAUUACAGCAGCGGGAGCAGCAACAUGAGCGCAACCUAUCGACAGGACUUUUGCAUCAAGCAACACACGACUUGCAUCUCGGCAUCAAGAAGCUCGUGCAACUCCAGAAUGAAGUCGAUGAGAAGAGUGCGGUAGUCGAGGAUUCGACAUGGACUGAAAGGACUGAGAGGACCAUGGAGGAUGUACGACGUCAACUACAGCGUGCUACUGCUGUAUUGUCGGAUAGCAACAAUGCAUCAUCAUCAUCAUCAUCACAACAACCAUCGACGACAUCAACACUAUUGACACCACCUAUGAAGUUAUCAGCAACACAAUCAACUCCCGCAUUAACGAGUAGUACUGCAUCCGUAUCAACUACAAUGUCAUCUUCACCGCCGCUACUGCUUUUACCAGAACGAUCGGUUGGUUCCAGCGCAUCAUCCAUCUCGUCAAGCAUUAUCAACUCUCAGAUACCCGAGGAACAAGACCCAUUGCAUGAUCAUCCAAAACCAUCAUCCUCCACCAAUACACAAAACACUGAAGAACGCUCAUUUGGAAGACGUUCUAUCCAUGCAGAAGAAUGGCCACCAGUACAACCUUCUACUUCUACAGCACGACGUCUUCGGAUGCUACCACUAUUCAAGGGGCUACAAUCCACACGAUCCACGCCAUUACCAGGUGCUCAGGCGCAAAUCAAUUUCUUCAAAGAUGAUAACGAAGGCCGUAAAGAGAUUUUUGCGUGUGAUGCCAUCGUCAAUCAGCCCAUCAGGAUAGGUGUAGGAUAUGGAAGCUAUAUCUGCUAUAGUUGUACAGUGCUCAGUGAUAAGGGACCACCCAUUUCAGUACGUAAACGAUACUCGGAUUUUGUUGAAUUGCGAGAAGAGCUUGUGAGACGGUAUCCACGAUUGAAGAGUAGUAUUCCCAAGCUGCCUCCGAAGAAGGUGGUUGGCAAGUUCACACCAGCAUUUGUGGAGCAACGACGCCGCGAUUUAGAGUACUUUUUCAAGUAUGUCGUGCUGCAUCCCACUCUUGGAACCAGUCCUAUCGUCACUCAAUGGAUCGCACCUUGA